AUGUCGAAAUUUUCGCUCCAUGGUCGAACCGCGCUGGUAACGGGAGGUGCUCGAGGAUGUGGAUUGGCAUUUGCACGCGGAUUGGCAGAAGCUGGAGCAAAUGUCGCUAUCUUCGACGUAAUUGAACCAGACGCCGCAUUCUAUGAGAUCGAGAAGGAUCAUAAAGUUCGCACAGCUCAUUACAAGGUUGAUGUGUCGUCCCCAGAAUCCCUCGAAAAAGGCUUCGCCGACUUCCAACGCGAUUUCGAUAAUGCCCUCGACAUCUGCGUUCCAUGCGCCGGAAUCAACCGCCAUCUCCCUUUCUUAGAAUUCACUUUCAAAGAACACCACGAUUUGGUCUCCGUGAACGUGUUAGGUCUAUAUUUUACUGCUCAGGCCGCGGCAAAACAGAUGAUUGCGAAUGGAACAAAACAUGGUAGCAUCGUCUUGGUAGCAAGUAUGGCAAGUCAUAUCGCUGUAAGGGAUCAGUUGUGCAGCGCCUAUUGCGGUACCAAAGGUGCUGUACGAUCCAUGUGUCCGGCAAUUGCGAAAGAGCUAGCACAAUAUGGCAUCCGGGUCAACUCAGUCUCACCUGGAUAUGUGCGAACGGAGAUGACAGCAGCCUUUUCACAUCUCCUUCCAAAAUGGGAGUCGGAAGCCAUGCUUAACCGCAUCGCCGAGCCUGAGGAUAUUAUGGGAGCAUGUGUUUUUCUUGCCAGUGAUGCAAGCUCCUACAUGACCGGACAGGAUAUCAUCGUAGAUGGGGGAGUCACCCGAUGGUUCAUGCUACAUACUUCACACUUGCUCCGCCAGCUGCAUGAUGGCUAUGUGUUUCAUAACUAUGUAGUGCUGGCCGCUUCGGUAACUUUUGUGCGAAAGAAUAGAAAAAUAGAUCAUCUUUUAUCGAAAAUGGCACCCGCUGCAGAGAACGAAGGAUACAGUCUUAAUGGCGCGAUUGGUGCUUCGACGACAGUUGUUGUCGUCGGCGCCGGGCCUGCGGGCUUAAUGCUAGCAUGUAAUCUCGUGCGAUUCGGUAUCGAUGUGAUUAUCCUAGACGACCGACCCGAAAAGACUUCGGCUGGCAAGGCAGACGGCAUACAACCUAAAACCAUUGAGACCUUCAAGCAAAUGCGGCUUGCUGACUCUUUAUUGAAAAAUGCCGCUCGUGUUUAUGACAUCUCUUUCUGGCAAUCAAAGCCGGAAGCACCACUCAAAAGGACCGGGCGACAAAUUCACUACCCCGAUCAUCUCGUUGGAGCCUCAGAUCCGUACAUUUUGCUCGCGCAUCAAGGCAUGGUCGAAGAUCUCUUCAUUGACGACAUGAGCUCGAGAGGCGCUUUCGUGACAAGAAACAGUCGAUUCAUUUCUUGCUCACGGGUGGCAGGCACUAAGAUGUUGGAUGUGACAUACGAAGAUACCCUCAGCAAAACUAUCAAGACUAUCCGAACCGAGUAUUUGGUUGGAUGCGAUGGUGCUCGGUCUAAAGUUAGAGAGUUUAUCCCGAACGCCCAAUUGAUUGGCGAGAUGACCAACGCCUCAUGGGGUGUACUCGAUGGUGUCAUUGAUACGGACUUUCCUGACUUAUGGAGCAAAGUUGCUGUGCGGUCUCAUGUGGCCGGAUCAAUCUUAUGGAUUCCUCGAGAACGCAACUUGACUCGAUUAUACGUCCAACUCAGCGAGACCGAUGGCGAACGAGUCGAUAGACUGAAAGCCACACCAGAAUACGUUAUGCAACGUGCCAGAGAUGCAAUGUAUCCGUUUCGGCUUGAGUGGAAGACAAUUGAAUGGUUUGGAAAUUAUGUCGUAGGCCAACGAGUAGCAAAUCAUUUUAUGGAUUCAGAUGCUAGGAUAUUCAUUGCUGGUGAUGCUGGACAUUGUCAUUCCGCCCUUGCAGCCCAAGGAGCAAAUACAAGUAUGCACGACAGCUUGAAUUUGGCAUGGAAACUCAACGCUGUUAUUCGUGGUAUAAGCAAGCCCUCGCUUCUAGCUACCUAUGAAGAGGAACGACAAAAGAUUGCAUAUGAUCUCAUAAACUUCGAUGCAGAACACUGCAAGGCUUUUGCUGCCGGUGAUGCUGCUCUAGCCAAGAACUUCGAUGAUAACAUUCGCUUCAUCUCUGGAGUAGGUGCAGAGUAUUCAGAGGGAAUGCUUAACAGGAAUAAGCAUAGCAUCCCAAACCGCCUACAGCCUGGGGCUCUUCAAGUCCCAGCAAAAGUGACUCGGUACAUUGACGCCAACCCAGUGGACAUUCAACUAGAUAUUCCCAUGUUAGGGCAAUUUCGGAUAUUCUUCUUCGCCCCAGAUGCCCUAGCGGCUCUUCCAUUCUUGCAAUCCAUUUGUGACGGAAUUGAUAAUGGUAGUCCAAUGGGAAGAAUAGCAUCACAAGCAAGCCAGUCUUACCUAAAGCAACCACGACGAGAAGCCCCAUCAGAUGCGUUUGCAAACCAUUCGAGGUACACCGCUGUAUCUGAUGCCUUCACAUUAUCCUUGGUGACAAAGUCUCCCAAAUCUCAAUUUGAGAUUGCGGACUUGCCGAAGCUACUCCAAGACAGUCGCUGGACAUUGUACCUUGACGAUGUUGAUACAUCAGGAUGCACCGAUAAGUGGUUCGGAGCUCUGCAAAGUACACAGUCUGGAAUUGUCAUUGUAAGGCCAGAUGGGUAUGUUGGGGCUAUUGAUACGUGGGAAUUUUCAGCCAGUGUUGAGGCAAAACGAUGGUUAGAGGAAUAUUUCGCAUUUCUCGUGUGA